UCAAGGUAUGUGGAAUUUAAACAGGCACCUACAGAAAAAGCUAAGUGAUGCAAGGCUCACCGAACGAUUUGCUUUUAUCAAUCUAGCUUUAGUCUCUAAAGCUGGAAUGGGUGAGACAACAAAGGAAAAUAGGUCAAGGUUGAUUGCAAAUCGUUUAAUGCAUGCAAAGCGUGCUGACUACAUUUUUAUUCCAUAUAACCCUGAUUUCCACUGGGUCUUGGUGGCAUUGGAUAUGAGGACAAUGACUGCGUACUACCUUGAUCCGAUGCAAAAGCAACCAUGUGAUGAUCUUAAGGAAAUUGUUAACAUGGCACUACGAAUUCAUCCACCAAAGAAACAAAGAUCAUCAAAGUGGGAGCCGACAUAG